CCGCAAUUAUGAUUAUCGUAGUGCGUCGCUCUCGCAAGUCGCAGUUGACGUAAACUUUUCUUUUGUUUUGUUUUUGUUUUUCGUGAACAAUAUUUCACAAUAUUAUUAUAAAUCAUAAUAUACAUUGCUUAAUAUUAUCAUUGUUGUAAGUCAUAAACUCAUAACCCGCACAGUCUUGUAUAAGACUUACAAAAGCCGUUCAAAAGCCAAUGACACAGAUCACUGGCGAUGCCACUGCAUGGGCUGCAAGUAACCGAUCACAGACGACACGAAGCGUCGUGGAAUGGAUCCUUUUCCAGUGACGAUUUUCGUCUUUAGGUGGAUAACCCACUCGUCCACCUACCAGAGACUCGACCAGCGUGCGCGUGGCGUUAAGUGAAUACAAUUCUGGUGGCGUACCUAUAAGUUAUCUACAACCUACAGCGUUUUGAAUUCCAACAGUUAUUAAAAAUUAUUAUUUUUCCCAAUCGGAUGGUCCCCCUUUCCCCUUCCCGCCAUCAUUUCUAGCUACGCUGCGUUUCUUCGACAAAUAUAUCCUUCCAGACAACUACACGAUAAAUUGGCUCAACUAAGUUCUCUGAUUUUUUGUCAAUUUCCAAGUAUUUUAAAUAUUGCACUGGUAAAUAAUACAUCUAUCAUGGGACGUCGUUUAACUGGACCGUCUGCGAGAACUCGUGAUGCACAACCCCUUCCAAUAUCAACACAACAUAAUUCAUCUGCAACAAAUGAUCGAAACAAUUUAUCACAACAUGAUGAACUUAUUCAUUUCGUUGGUGGUUCGUGGAAUGUUAUUUUUCAAGAAUAUCAAAGUGGAUGCCAAGGAUCUAAUGGUCGUUUUCAUAUACAGUUCUAUGAAGAAGGAAAUAGUGAAACAUUAAAAGGAUUUAAACCCUUUGAUCUUGAAGCUUGGUGGGGAAAACAAACCAUCCAACGAUACCAACAACGUUCCUAAUGUUAUUAUACUAAUAUAUUGCAAUGUAUUUUUCAGUUAAUUUUUUUUUCCCAAUUAUUUAAUAUACAAAAUGGCUUAUGCCUAAUAUCUUGAUACUGACAGUUAAGUUAUACAUUAUUAUCUGCUAUCAGUUAUUAAUUAUCAGCCUCAUGCAGGUAUGUUCUAGUAAUGUAUGACAUGCCAUAAUA